UUGGUUGGCUCGGGAGCUUGCAGGCUGCACUUUGUCAAAGGUCACGGAGGCAGCAUGCCCGGUCCAGUACGCUGAGCUCUUGCUUCUUCCGAGACGGUCACGGCUGCCAAGGAAGCUCUAGAGAAGGAGAGCCGACGUGUCCUGUUCCUGACUCGAUCUGUAUCUUGCAGGAAAAUCAGUCAAACACCGCGCGGUGUGUGACGUCCAGUUUUCCUGAUCGGAGACCACCGAUUCGACAGUAUGGCGCCGUCGGCAGUGUUUCCAGCAGCAGCACCGAGUGAUGCACGAGCAAAGACUGUCAUCCUCACCGACGCAGGCAAGGCGACAUGGUAUGACUCGUCAGGCAAAGUUCUCGAUGCCUAUAUCGUCGGCAUAGCUGGUGGCUCUGCGUCCGGUAAGACCAGUGUUGCGCGUGCCAUCACAAAGUCACUUCCAAAUGUCCCAUGGCAAACGAUCUUGUCUGUGGACUCAUUCUACAAACCACUGACACCUGCACAAUCAAAGCUGGCCUUUGAGAAUGGUUACGACUUCGACCAUCCAAAUGCAUUCGACUACGAGCUCCUGCUUCAGUGCAUUUCCGACCUCAAAGCUGGUCGUGCGGUGGAGAUCCCAAACUAUAGCUUUGUCAAGCACAAUCGCCUCGACGAGAAGACGUACUUAUACGGUGCAAAUGUAAUCCUCCUCGAAGGACUCUUCGUCCUCCAAGACCCUGCCAUUCGCGCCUUGCUCGAUCUCAAGGUCUUCGUGCAGGCAGACUCGGAUUUGAUGCUCGCCCGGCGGAUUCAGAGGGACGUAAAAGAAAGGGGCAGGGAUGUAGAAGGUAUUUUGGAGCAGUACCUUCGCUUUGUGAAACCAAGCAUGGACAACUUUGUCAGCACCACGAUGAAGUAUGCAGACAUCAUCGUUCCUGGUGCGAAAAAUGAGGUAGCAAUUCAAGUCAUCUCGCAGCAUAUUCAGCAGCGACUCGCAAGCAGCUCCAAGCGAAUUCGCUCCGAGCUCUCACAGGCCAGGCCACCCACAUCCGCAGCAAGCAAUACUACGGUAGGCGUGGAUAGCGUAUGUUCUAUUUCGUCGGCUUCUCUGCCGCCCACACCGGGAGUGAGCGGCCUGCAGGGUUUCAGCAUCUCGCCAUGGGGGAGUAGCAGUACGCUGUCGAUGGCGAUGCAGCGCUCCAGUACAGGCGCUCCGAGCAUGGCUCUCGACGAUUGUCCUCAUUCAUCUCCCAUGCUCACACGUCAGUUGUCCUGUACUUCGUCGUCGUUUCUACUUGACACCGCCCUCACGACGCCAACCAUAUCCGGUGACCCUGUUGCUGCUGCUGCCGCUGCCAUUGCUGCAGCCGCUGAGGCCGCCGCGCAUCUCAGUCUGCCGACAACCGUUCAUCUCCUUCCGCAAACUUCGCAAUUACGUGCACUGCUCACGAUUCUGCACGAUGUCGAGAGCGAAGGCGAGGAGUUCAUUUUCCAUGUCAACCGCCUCGCCACUCUUGUCGUGGAAGCUGCCAUGAGCUUGCUGCCCUAUCGAUCAAAAACUGUCAACGUCGUUACGGGCGCAAGCUACCAAGGAAGGGAGAUCGACGUGAAAAAUGUUUGCUCGGUCUCUAUCUUAAGGAGUGGGGGUGUUUUCGAGACUUCCCUGCGCAGAGCAAUACCAGACCUCGCGCUGGGUUCCCUGCUCAUUCAAAGUGCAGAUGACGGAGAGCCAUAUCUUUACUCCGUUCGCCUCCCGUCGUUCCUCCGCCAGCGAAGCACGGCUCCCACCACCUUCGUCUUUUUGGCUGACGCACAAAUCGGCACGGGUGCGGCAGCAUUCAUGGCGAUCCGCGUCCUGCUCGACCACGGCGUACCGCAGGAACGCAUCGUCUUCAUUGCGCUGCUCGCAAGCGCUAAGGGAGGCGUACACGCGCUCGCCAAGGCUUUCCCCAACGUCAAAGUCGUCGUCGCUGGCGUCGAUCCUGGAUUGAGACGGACAAGAGUGCCAGUGCAGCGCGCUGCAACUGGCAGUGCGCCUGCUGCCUCCGGUGGCGCAGGCGACACUGGCCGGCUGCGUGACGUCGGUCUUCAAGCGCAAGUGAAUAUGGCCUCUCAAAGCGACGUCCCUAUUUCCGACAUCGCCUCAUUGUCAACACUGGAUCUUGGCAGUCUCCACCUGCAGGAGGGUGAGCAGCGCGUCAGCAAGGCGAACCACGCAGGGCAAGGUCAAGCGCCGUCAGAAUCAGAUCCUGCAGAACCGGACGACGGCCAGCGGACGCGCGUGUGCUGGGCUUUGCUUCCAGGUGCAGGGAACGUCGGCAAUCGAUAUUGGCGCACAUGAGAGCACAUUUCGUAGAACCCAACGCGUACGGAUGAGGUGGAUGAUCAAUCACUACAUGUUGAUGGAGUGGAGCAUGCAAUCUGCCUGUAGCCAAGAAAUUCCUCGUGAUAAUACAAUUGCCUCGCGGCUCGCAGAGC